GGGAGGAGGACGGCAGAGAGUAGAGAAGAGCGAAAGCAAGAGUGGGAAAAAAAUACAAUUUAAGUAGGAGGAAACACAAAAUUCAUCAUGGCAUCGGGGGACACCCUGUACAUAGAGACGGACGGGUCUGAAAUGCCAGCCGAAAUAGUGGAGCUGCACGAAAUCGAAGUGGAGACAAUCGAGACUACAGUUGUUGGAGACGACGGGGAGCACCAGCCGAUGAUCGCCUUACAGCCGCUCGACGCGGACGACGCAAACUCCCUCCACCCGCACCAAGAGGUGAUUCUGGUGCAGACCAGGGAGGAGGUUGUGGGUGAGGAUGACUCCGAGCUGCACGCAGACGACGGCUUCGAGGACCAGAUCCUCAUCCCGGUGCCCGCCGUGGAGGAGGACUACAUCGAACAGACUCUGGUUACUGUUGCGGGGAAAAGCUCGUCGACGGGCCGGAUGAAGAGAGCUGGAAGCGGGAAGAAAGCGGGCAAAAAGAGCUAUAUGAGCGCAGGAGAAAUGGGCAGAAAAUGGGAACAGAAACAAGUCCAGAUAAAGACGCUGGAAGGGGAGUUUUCUGUCACUAUGUGGGCUUCGGAUGAUAAGAAAGACAUAGACCAUGAAGAGCAAAUCACGGGUGAAAACUCGCCUCCGGAUUACUCAGAGUACAUGACGGGGAAGAAGCUUCCUCCAGGAGGCAUCCCAGGAAUCGACCUGUCAGACCCCAAACAGCUGGCAGAGUUUGCACGAAUGAAACCAAGGAAAGUAAAAGAAGACGAUGCACCAAGGACGAUAGCCUGUCCACAUAAAGGAUGUACCAAGAUGUUCAGGGACAAUUCGGCGAUGAGAAAGCACUUGCACACCCAUGGGCCUCGCGUACAUGUCUGCGCAGAGUGCGGAAAAGCCUUCGUAGAGAGUUCAAAACUGAAGAGGCAUCAACUCGUACACACAGGAGAGAAACCUUUCCAGUGCACAUUUGAGGGCUGUGGCAAGCGGUUCUCUCUGGACUUUAACUUGCGCACACAUGUGCGUAUUCACACUGGAGACCGCCCCUAUGUGUGCCCCUUUGAUGGCUGCAACAAGAAAUUCGCUCAGUCAACCAACCUGAAGUCUCACAUCCUCACACACGCAAAAGCUAAAAACAACCAGUGAAUCAACCCUGAACCAGGAGAACGACAACAUGAGCAUACACUGGAGGAUCUGACCUGUAUCUCCGCUCCUUGACAGACAAUUAAUGUCCCGUGGCCUGCUUUGUUGUGAGAUAAGAAGUCCCCUUUGUAUUGUCUCUAGAUAAAAAGGUUUAAACAGAGAAAUUACCUUUUUCACAGACUUUCUGAUAUGUAUGGAGGUUUGAACAAGAAACUCGUGAGAACCCCGACCCCCUCAGGCCUCCUACCGUACCCUACUUUGGCGCUACCUGAAAGGAACAAUUUACGGUUUCUUCUUGUGAAGAUGUUAAUGAAUUCAUGGUUCUGCACCUACAAACUUAUUUAUACCUUAACACAGCCAGAUAAAAAAAGUUUUUGCAUAAGUCAAAUUUGCAUCUAUCCUCAGCAAUGACACCUUUUCAAUUUUGUACUCUUCCCCAAGUGUGCAUAUUGUACACUGUUCGACAUAAGCUCUGUGGUCAUGUAUGUAGUAAGAAAGUCCCCGUAGCUGUAUGAUGAGAUUUCACAGUUCAUUUUACCCUUUCCCCUUCAUGUGAGUGUGUUUCGCGGGGGAAUUGGGUGGUCUUUGCAUAUUUUCAUUUUGUACAACGCAAUAUCCCAAUUAUGUAGAUAAUAGCCAUGUGAUUUUCAAUAGUGAUCAACGAUUAAAAUGUUUUUUUCCCCUUGCACUACC